UUUUUUUAGAUUCCACGUGUGAUCGAGAUCAUGAGAUCAAGAAACUGAGUCUGAGAGAGAAAGGACUUUCCCAGAGUUACUCAGCUAGUCAGUGACAGACAACAGUGGAACUUGUGACUGUUUGAACUCCAGAAGGACCAACACCAGAUAAAUUAUGAAUGUUGAACAAGAUGACCUUACAUCCACAGCAGAUAAUGAUAGGUCCUAGGUUUAAUAGAGCCCUAUUUGACCCCCUGCUUGUGGUGCUGCUGGCUCUUCAACUUCUUGUGGUGGCAGGUCUGGUGCGGGCUCAAACGUGCCCUUCUGUGUGCUCCUGCAGCAACCAGUUCAGCAAGGUGAUUUGUGUUCGGAAAAACCUGCGCGAGGUUCCGGAUGGCAUCUCCACCAAUACACGGCUGCUGAACCUCCAUGAGAACCAAAUCCAGAUCAUCAAAGUGAACAGCUUCAAGCACUUGAGGCACCUGGAAAUCCUACAGUUGAGUAGGAACCAUAUUAGAACCAUUGAAAUUGGGGCCUUCAAUGGUCUGGCGAACCUCAACACUCUGGAACUCUUUGACAAUCGUCUUACUACCAUCCCGAAUGGAGCUUUUGUAUAUUUGUCUAAACUGAAGGAGCUUUGGUUGCGAAACAACCCCAUUGAAAGCAUCCCUUCUUAUGCUUUUAACAGAAUCCCUUCUUUGCGUCGACUAGACUUAGGGGAAUUGAAAAGGCUUUCAUACAUCUCAGAAGGUGCCUUUGAAGGUCUGUCCAACUUGAGGUAUUUGAACCUUGCCAUGUGCAACCUCCGAGAAAUCCCUAACCUCACACCGCUCAUAAAAUUAGAUGAGCUAGAUCUUUCUGGGAAUCAUCUGUCUGCCAUCAGGCCUGGCUCUUUCCAGGGGUUGAUGCAUCUUCAAAAACUGUGGAUGAUACAGUCCCAGAUUCAGGUGAUUGAACGGAAUGCCUUUGAUAACCUUCAGUCGCUAGUGGAGAUCAACCUGGCACACAACAAUCUAACAUUACUGCCUCAUGACCUCUUCACACCCUUGCAUCAUCUAGAGCGGAUACACUUACAUCACAACCCUUGGAACUGUAACUGUGACAUACUGUGGCUCAGCUGGUGGAUAAAAGACAUGGCUCCUUCCAAUACAGCUUGUUGUGCCCGAUGUAACACUCCUCCCAAUCUGAAAGGGAGAUACAUUGGGGAGCUCGACCAGAAUUACUUUACAUGCUAUGCCCCAGUGAUUGUGGAGCCACCUGCAGACCUCAAUGUCACUGAAGGCAUGGCAGCUGAGCUGAAAUGUCGGGCCUCCACCUCCCUGACAUCCGUAUCUUGGAUUACUCCAAAUGGAACAGUCAUGACACAUGGGGCAUACAAAGUGCGGAUAGCCGUGCUCAGUGAUGGUACAUUAAAUUUCACCAAUGUAACCGUGCAAGAUACAGGCAUGUACACUUGUAUGGUGAGUAAUUCCGUGGGAAAUACUACUGCUUCAGCCACCCUGAAUGUUACUGCAGCAGCCACUACUCCCUUCUCUUACUUCUCAACCGUCACAGUAGAGACUAUGGAACCUUCUCAGGAUGAGGCACGGACCACAGAUAACAACGUGGGCCCCACUCCAGUGAUUGACUGGGAAACCACCAAUGUGACCACCUCUCUCACGCCACAGAGCACAAGGUCAACGGAAAAGACAUUCACCAUCCCAGUGACUGAUAUAAAUAGUGGGAUCCCAGGAAUUGAUGAGGUCAUGAAGACGACCAAAAUCAUCAUUGGGUGUUUUGUGGCCAUCACACUGAUGGCUGCCGUGAUGCUGGUCAUUUUCUACAAGAUGAGGAAGCAGCACCACCGGCAAAACCAUCAUGCCCCAACAAGGACUGUUGAAAUCAUUAACGUGGAUGAUGAGAUUACAGGGGACACACCCAUGGAAAGCCACCUGCCCAUGCCUGCUAUCGAGCAUGAGCACCUAAAUCACUAUAACUCUUACAAAUCUCCCUUCAACCACACAACAACAGUUAACACAAUAAAUUCAAUACACAGUUCAGUGCAUGAACCGUUAUUGAUCCGAAUGAACUCUAAAGACAAUGUACAAGAGACUCAGAUCUAAAACAUUUACAGAGUUACAUAAAACAAUAAAAAAAAAGACAGUUUAUUAAAAAUGACACAAAUGACUGGGCUAAAUCUACUGUUUCAAAAAAGUGUCUUUACAAAAAAAAACAAAAAAGAAAAGAAGUUUAUUUAUUAAAAAUUCUAUUGUGAUCUAAAGCAGACAAAAUUAUGUGUAUUCCUCAGAACCUGUUUUUGCUGCACUUAAUAUUUUCCCACAUCUCGUCCCUCCCUUCCCUGAUUGCCAUAUUUUUCAUAGGAGAUCUCAAUUCCCUAAAGAACUGGUCUAGGAAAUUUUGUAAGAAUUCUGUUACACUUUGAGAUUUUUAUGGUGAAUUCUAGUGGUGAGAUCCAGUCUAUUUUGUCUCUGGUUUUUUUUUUUCUUUUUUUUUUUUUCCCUCAUGCCCUUACGAAGUAGUCCAAUGGGGAAUGCAAUACUAGAAAUAGAUUUUUAAGAGAGAAUGAGGAAAAAACGCAAGAUCUUAUAUUUUUCAUGUAACAACCUGUUCUGUAUUUAUGAGGACCAUUCUAUGGAAAAGAAAAAAAAAGUUAGAAAACAACAGAUUAAUUUACAUAUGAGCAUCUAUAAAACCCAUGACUUUUAAACAAUUCUAGAACCAGAAUUUGUAGUUCAAAAGCUAAAAAUAAGAUUAUAAAUAAAAUAUUGUUGGUUUUUCUGUACCUGGA